AUGAUUGGGUCUUUCGUGUCAAGAAGAGCUUACGGAACUGUUUCUCCGGACUUCUUAGCGUCUGUUCUACAAAGAGUCAAAGACGUUCCACAAAGGCUUGCUGAAGCACAGAAGGCUGAAGCUAAGAAAUUCAGUCAACGCAAGAACUCCCGUGGUGAUAGAAGAAGAGAUGGUAGACCAUCAAACCGUGAUAGCAGUUGGAGAAAUAAUGAAUCAAGAGAACCAGCGGUGCAAACUGGAGCUUUCAAGAAGCGUGGUGCUAAGCUAGAGAAUACAAACGAAUAUAAUGAGAUAUCAGGAAAAGUUGAUAACUUUGCUGCUAGAAAAUCGCGUAGAAGUACUGAAAAGAGAACUCGUAGGACAGUUCCAGGUUUGAAGCUCUCCAGUACUCUAGGCUCAAGCUCGAGAAAUGUGACACAAACCGUCAGUAACUCUUCAACUUAUGUGCCACAAGAUCCAACACCUUUGUCCUUAUUGAAGUAUAGACCAAACUUGGCUCCAACCUUCACAUCUAAGGCAUUGAAAUAUACCAUCUCCACCUUGAAGGAAUCGAACUUUCCACUCAACCGUUCGUUCAACGACGGUAUCAUUGUGGAUGGGAAGGUCGUCAAUAAGCGUUUAACAGCUAAUAUGGAAAACUUUGGGGAAUUCAUCCCGGCUUCAGACCUAAAAUUACAAUUGGAACCAUUGACCAAAAACUUUAAAGUUGUUUCCGAUCUUGAGAAAUUGGAACAAUCCGUCAAGGGUAAAUUCCACACUCUAAAACCUUUUGCGAAGAAAGAUUUUGCUAAACUUUCCAAGUCAGAAGAGAAGAGAACUCAAUUAUUCAAUAACAGUGAGACCGUCAGGAACAGUUUAAAUCAAAGUAGCACACUAGAUGCUGCUGAAAAGGAACUCUUAUAUAAGUGCUGCUCUGGUUUGGCACCAAUCUCUGAAUUGAGAAAUUAG